UGUCGCGGGAAAAUCUGAUCCUGGUUCUAUAGGUUUCCGUCCAACAAAAAUGUACAAAACAAAAAUAAAUAAAGGAAAGUAUUCUCCAUUUCUACGCGUCUCGUGAAACAAAAUAAUCGCAAACUAGAUAAAGAUGCACAGAAUAAAAUUAUUCGUUCCCCAAGCCAAGCGUAACAUAACUACAGUGUACAGUAAUGUUACUCGAAAUAUUGCUGCCUUAUCUAUGCUGCCAGAUACCUAUCAGAUGUUACAAAAGACAUGCAAAGAUUUCGCAGACGGUGAACUAAAGCCCGUAGCAAAAGAAAUUGAUAAAAAUCAUCUUUAUCCAGAAGAGAAAAUAAAACAAAUGGGAGAGCUUGGUUUAAUGGCCAUAACAGUUCCUGAAAGAUUAGGUGGAACUGGACUCGAUUAUUUGGCUUAUGCUAUUGCACUGGAAGAAAUAUCUAGAGGUUGUGCCAGCGCAGGUGUUAUAAUGAGCGUGAACAAUUCUCUUUAUUUAGGGCCCAUAAAUUCAUUUGGUAAUCAAGAACAACAAGAAAAAUAUAUUACUCCUUUUGUAAGCGGCACGAAAGUUGGGUGUUUUGCCCUUAGCGAACCUGGGAAUGGUAGUGACGCAGGUGCUGCAUCUACUACUGCUAAAUCGAAUGGGUCCAACUACAUAAUCAAUGGUACAAAGUCCUGGAUAACAAAUGGGCAUGAAUCAGAGGCAGCUGUUUUAUUUGCUACGACUGAUAAGUCUAAAAAGCACAAAGGAAUAAGUGCUUUUAUCGUUGAUAAACCGAUAAAAGGCCUCUCCCUUGGUAAGAAAGAAGAUAAGUUGGGGAUUCGUGGUAGCAGUACUUGCUCACUGAUUUUCGAAGAUUGCGAAAUACCAAAGGAAAAUCUAUUGGGAGAACUGGGAAUGGGUUUUAAAAUUGCGAUGAUGACACUAGAUGCUGGCAGGAUAGGUAUUGCUAGUCAAGCCUUAGGCAUAGCUCAGGCGUCACUCGACUGUGCGAUUGAAUAUGCGGCGAAACGUGAAGCGUUCGGCAAGCCUAUCGUCAAAUUACAGGCAAUUCAACAGAAGAUCGCUGACAUGGCAGUGAAAUUGGAAAGCUCGAGAUUGUUAACGUGGCGGGCAGCCGUGCUCAAGGACAAGGGGCUAUUGUAUACGAAAGAAGCGGCUAUGGCAAAAUUGGCAGCGUCAGAGGCCGCGACUUUCUGCGCUCAUCAAUGCAUACAAAUCUUGGGUGGCAUGGGCUACGUUAGCGACAUGCCGGCCGAACGGCAUUACAGAGACGCUCGGAUUACUGAGAUUUACGAAGGUACAUCAGAGAUACAAAGAUUGGUGAUUGCUGCGAACGUUAUCAAAGAAUACGGCCUGAAUUAAACUGUUCGGUUUAGUAUACGUAAUUUUUUUACCGACAUUCUUUAUACAUGCAAGCAAGAUAUUUUUAUAUAUUUUUAAUAUACGAGAAGUUAGUCAAUAAAUUUUAUAUAUUAUAA